GCCUCCUUUGCCUUCCUCGACUUCAUUUACUCAAUACCAAUCUUAAUAUCCUUCAAACUCCAUCAAAUAUCCUCCUAAUAUAAUCGAACCAAUACUCUGUUUCUACCGAAAAGAACUCGUUUUGCUUUUUACCUUCUUCCGAUCCCCCAUCAAAACUAACCAAUAUUUUAAUCGAGAAAACCAGUAAUGGCAUCCAAAACGGUUGCUAAGGACAUAAUCACUCUACGCGGUUCUGCAGCGAUUGUUAGCGAGUUCUUUGGUUAUGCAGCAAACAGUAUACUAUACAAUAGAGGGGUUUAUCCAGAAGAGAGUUUUGCGAAGGUGAAGAAAUAUGGACUCCCAAUGUUACUCACUCAGGAUGAAGGUGUCAAAACCUUUAUCGCCAACCUAACCGCUCAGUUAUCAGAAUGGCUAGAAGCUGGAAAGUUGCAAAGGAUUGUUCUUGUGAUAAUGAGCAAGGUCACCAACGAGGUCCUAGAGAGAUGGAAUUUUAGUAUUGAAACUGAUAGUGAGGUGGUCGAAAAAGGGGUAUCAAGGGAAAAGAGUGAUAAAGAAAUAAUGAGGGAGAUACAAGCAAUCAUGCGUCAGAUUGCUUCGAGUAUUACUUACUUGCCAUGCCUUGAUGAAGCUUGUGUAUUUGAUGUGCUAGCCUACACCGAUAAAGAUGUUGCAGUCCCUUUUACCUGGAUUGAAAGUGAUCCAAAAUUGAUUGCCAAUCCACAAAUGGUGAAAUUGCAUUCUUUUGAUACCAAGAUACACAAGGUUGACACUCUGGUUUCAUACAAGAAUGACGAAUGGGAUGAGCAGUAGAGAGAGGCUUGCUCUGCCUAUGGUCUCAAAAGAAAAGAAUUGUUUGAACGAGUUGUGGUCACUGUGAAUCUUUUAUUCACAUUUUCUUGUAGUAUGGAUAUCAAGGAGACAAAAUUGAUGUUAUUGAGUUGUUUUGAAGUGUACUCGUUUGAUAAAAACUGGAAUGGAAAAAACUCUAAAUGGUGUAAUUCUUCAUAUAUCAGUGAACAUAUACAAAGAUUUUUAAGUAGCAUAGA